GGAAUUAUCACUUAACCAUCAGCAGAGUAGGUGUGAUUUUCAAUCGCCUACAAGAAUUUGAAAAACUUAAAUUAAACUUAAGGCAAAGCCUGCUGGUAUAUAGGAGACAGGACUGUUUCUACAAUGGACGAAGAGUUGAAUUAUGCCACCCUACAUUUCAAAUCUCCAAAUAUUUAUAUAAGAAAACAUGACAAAGAAAAGGAAACAAUAUAUUCAGAUAUAAAGAUUAAAGAAAGUGUUCUUGAUCAGACAGCUACUCCAGAAGGGAAUGAGAAACCCAAUUCCCGUUGUCAACUGGUCAGAAUGAUGGGAUUGUGUCUAGGCAUUCUUUGUUUUUUGUUGGUAAUAGCCAAUAUUGCCCUCAGUGUCUACUUCAGAGCUGUCAUUGCUGAGAUCAACACAAAAUUGAGUGAUUACAGCAACAUCACGUCAGAAAAUUAUCUUUUAAAUGUAGAGAUGAUCAACUUAGAAAGGCAGAAACAAGAGUUGUCAAAAGACAGGGAUAGGCUCAACUGGACUCUUGAGGUCAUACUUCAGUUUGACAAUUUUCCAGUUCAUGACUACUGUCCAGAGAAACAAGGAAAUGCCAAAGAGAGAGAAUGCAAACCCUGUCGCGAUAACUGGAUUGUAUUUCAGUCUAGUUGUUAUCAGUUCAUGAAUGGGUGGAGGUCAUGGUCUUGGAGUCAAGAUGACUGCAAAUCUAAGAAUGCUGAUUUGAUUGUCAUAGAAAGUCAGGAUGAACAGGAAUUCAUCAGUAACUACACCAAAUUCUAUUAUGAUGUAUACCAUGGCUACUGGAUUGGUUUGAGUAAAACAGAGAUGCCAAAUCAGAGAUGGAUGUGGGUUGAUGGCAGCAAGCUGACAACAAGGUACUGGACACCAAGACCCAUUGGUUCUGGAGGUGACUGUGUGUUGGCUAUGCCACGAAGCCUUGGGUUUCCCAAUAUUAUGACUAACUGGAAUACAGCAUCUUGCCAAAUGCAGAACAGAUGGAUCUGCAAGACUAAGGCAUUAAUAAAAUAAGCUUUUUACUUUUUGUAUUGCAUCUAUAUUACUGAACAGUAACAGAAAAAGGCACACAGAACCACAAACCUGCACUAUUGGAAAAUGUUACAUUUGUAUGGAAAUUUGUGGAGACUUACACCUAUAUGUACACAAGUCAAUUUAACACAAGUUACAAGUUAACUGUUUGAUACGUGUGUAAACCCUUCUCUUUCAAUUAAAGUAUCUAAAACC